GACCCGCUCCGGCCCCGCGGCUUCCCGGCGGGGCAGCGCUGUUCGCCCCGGCCGAGCAUGCGGCCGCCGCUGCGGCGGCUUCUCCCCUCGCUGUGCUCGGCGGCGGCCCGAGCCCUGCUCGCCCGGCGGGCCGUGCCCAUGGCGCUGCGGCCGGCGGAGGGAGCGGCACGGGUCGGGGGCGAUGCCCGGAGCGCGGCCGGCGCGGCCCCGGAGCACGAUGGGCUGGAAAAUAUACAGCAAAAGAAAAUCUUUAAAGAGAAUAAGGAAAAAACAGAACAGAGUGAAGAGCCAUGUGCUGCUGAUUCAGUAGAUUCUCUAAUGGCAGAAAUGCCAUUUGUGGACACAGAUAUUGAAGAUGAAUGUGCUAUGCAUGUGACUUCUGAACUAAGUAUUAAAAAAAAAAGAAAGCGGACUAUUGGAAGGGAAAUUGAAGAAGGCAUUGAGAGAAAGAAGAAAAAGAACAAACAGUAUCAGCCAAAUUAUUUCAUUUCUCUUCCAAUCACUAAUCCAAAGAUUACUGGCAGUAUUCAGGCUGUCCAAGAUGCAAUAAUACAAAAGGAUCAAAGGCUUUCCAAAGCAAUGGUUCGCUCUGGCUCAUUGCAUGUCACCAUGUUAGUGAUGCAUUUAUCCAGUGAAGAAGAAAUUAGCAUAGCAGUUGGUGCUCUUUCUGACAGCAAGGUUUUUGUAGAUGAUCUCCUGAAAGGAAAAAGAGUGGAUUUGUCUUUUCAAGGAAUUGAUCACUUCAGAAAUCAAGUUGGAUUUGUGAAUUUGGCAGAAAAUGAUCAUACAACACUGCUUAAGGAAAUAGCAGAGACUAUGAAGAAGAUAUUUCAAGAAAAGGGGAUCAUGGCAGGAGAAGAAAGAGGUUUUAAACCACAUCUGACCUUCAUGAAAUUGUCAAAAUCAACAGAGCUACGUAAACAGGUGAAAAAAAUUGACUCUAGUCUGUACGAAGAUUUCAAAAACCAUUAUUUUGGAGAUGAGAUCUUGCACCGCUUUGAUCUUUGCUCCAUGUUGAAAAAAAAGCAGCCAAAUGGUUACUACUACUGUGAGUCCUCCAUUGUUUUUGGAAAGAGCCAUGAAGCAGACUUAGUAAAGGAAGCUUUACACAGAGAAACGCAGGCCCUGUUACCCAGACUGAAUCAGAUAAAGGAGCUGUUAAUGAGUCCUGAGAUCCGCACAAAAAUUAGCAAAGAACUCUUUGGAGACAGGCACGACUGUAACAGUAAAUGGAAAAGUUGUAUUGAUUCUGAGUCUCCAAAUGCAUGACUGUAAAUUUUCAUUGUGGAAAAUCUCAUCAGGUUGUUUAAAGACAAAAUAUUGUGGCAAGAAAUUUUUCAGGUCGGUUUGUUCGCGUUUUUUUUUUAACUAAAAAUGUGAAUGGGUAUAAAAUGGCUCAUGAGGAAUCAUGCUGAAAUACUUGCACAGAAGGAUUAUAUUUCGUAAUAAUGAAGUAUAGCCACUUCUCAUUGAAACCUGUUUGAGUGUGCAGGCAUAUGUUAUGACUCCAAAGUAGAAAAAUACUGGUUUCAAAUAGAUCUGAGCAAACACUGUGCCCUUCCUUUAUCAUUGUAAAUAAUUCAGUUUUUUUUCUCUUAUACUCCUUCCCUAACAAUGAUGUACAAGUACUAAAAAAUUGGUGGUUUUAAAUACUUCAAAACGUAUAUUUGGGGAAAAAAAAUCCUCUUUUAAUUAUCUGUCUUUUGUAUAUGUACUGGCAUUUUGGGUUAGCAUUGUAUGUUUUUUAUUGUUUUUUAAACAGCACUUGAAUACUUGUAUAGAUGCUGGCAUUUAGUUUCUGCUGAUGUUUACACUAAAUCAAGAAUGUUUUAAAUUUCAGUAUGAAAUUCAGGUUCCACUGCUCUCAAUGGCAUACUCUCAUUGGCUUUAAUGGAGUCAGGAUGCUGCAAUUAAGAUUUCUCGUACAAAUAAUAAUAUUCCUUGGGAUAAUAUUUGCCUUUUUACUUUUGUAGAACAGAGUUUUUGUCUUUUGUUUUUGAUGUUCCUCCAUCUCUACCUUCUGCUGCCUGAGGUGGGGUGUCAGUUUGCUCUCAUUGUUCCCUCCACACACCUGCAAGAUUCACUGAAGAUUUGGAUCAUGGACAACAAUGCAGGAGUAGGUCCAAUAUUUGCAAUUUUUAUAAACGUUGUCAUAAAAGCUAUAUAAUAUGUUGUGAUUGGUAUCAGAAUUGUGCUGUUAGAGCAGCUGUGUGCAUGUUCUUAAUUUGUCUCAAGCACUGUUCAUUUAUCUCACGUCAGAGCUUUUUCUUUCCUUAUUUGAUAUGUAACAGCAUAUUCUGAAACACAUCUUUUACAUGCCAUGUUCACAAUAAAAUAUUUUUCCUUUGCA